AUGGGUGGUCUUUCAACAGGAGAAAUUGUGACUAUCCUUAGUACAAUCCCAGGGCUUCUCAUGUCAUGUCUAAGUGCUUGGUUUGCAUACCUUGCUCUUCCGCGUCGACAUGUAGCCCGUAACGACAUUGAGACCGCCACUAUCGAGUUCAUCAUUACACAAUUCAGUACAACUCGGUCGAGCCUUAAGAUGCAGUCCUCACAUCAAAACACAACUGAAAUCUUAUUUCCAAGCGAAAACCUACCCCAGCUGCCGCCUACGGUCUACCGACACAUAAACGGACAAGGGCACAGACAGAUUGAGAUUCUACCACCACCACGAUUCGGAAGGCAGAACAACUUGCGACGCCCGGAUCCAGUUGCAGCGUGA